CGAACAUCCGGGCACUGGAGCCUCGUUUUGCCGUGGUGACGUCAUACCUAUUUAAAGCGCUCACGCUCUUUUGUCUGCGCUCAUUUGGUUUGCAGAGCGGUGUGAGGGAGACUAACUCGUCGGUUGGAAAAUGUUUGAGGCGGAUCGCCCCGGUAAACUCUUCAUCGGUGGUUUGAACACCGAGACCACGGAGAAGGCAUUGGAAGGCAUAUUUGGGAAAUAUGGGCGCAUUGUUGAAGUUCUUCUGAUGAAAGAUCGGGAAACAAACAAGUCCAGAGGUUUUGCAUUUGUCACAUUUGAGAGCCCUGCAGAUGCCAAGGAUGCAGCAAGGGAAUUGAACGGAAAGGCUUUGGAUGGAAAGCCAAUCAAAGUUGAACAAGCCAUUAAGCCUUCUUUUGGAGCAGACAGUAGGAGAGGACCACCUCCACCUAAACGAGGACCACCCAGAGGUCUUAGAGGAUCAAGAGGAGGUGGUUCAUCGAGGGGACAGAUGUCACUAAAAAGAGGGCCACCACCCAGAAGUGGAGGUCCACCUCCAAAGAGGUCUGCACCAUCUGGCCCUGUUCGCAGCAGUGGCAUGGGUGGAAGAGCUCCCCUAUCACGUGAAAGGGAUGGAUAUGGAGGACCCCCUCGCAGAGAACCUAUGCCAUCUCGAAGAGAUGUGUACUUGUCGCCAAGAGAUGAUGGCUAUGGUGGAAAAGACAGAUACGACAGUUACUCUGGCAGGGAUUAUGGCAGUUCCAGGGACUCCAGAGAUUAUGCACCACCUCCAAGAGAUUAUGCCUACCGGGACUAUGGCCACUCAAGUUCUCGUGAUGACUAUGGCUCCAGAGGCUAUGGUGAUCGUGAUGGAUAUGGGAGCCGUGAUAGAGACUAUUCGGAUCAUCCUAGUGGUGGUUCAUACAGGGACUCGUAUGAGCCUUACGGUAACUCACGUAGUGCCCCACCUGCAAGAGGGCCCCCUCCAUCAUAUGGUGGAAGCAGUCGCUAUGAUGAUUACAGCAGCAGCCGGGAUGGAUAUGGAGGCAGAGACAGUUACUCAAGCAGCAGAAAUGAUAUCUACUCAAGUGGACGUGACAGAGUUGGCAGACAGGAUCGUGGCAUGCCACCGUCAAUUGAUAGAGGCUAUCCACCUCCACGUGAUUCAUACAGCAGCUCAAGUCGGGGUGUGCCCCGUGGUGGUGGCAGAGGCGGAAGCAGAUCUGAUAGAGGAGGUGGCAGAAGCAGAUACUAAAGUGCAAGACCUAAAACAUGGACCAAAGACAUUUUCAUAAACGACAGUGGCAUGUGCUCUGCCUUUACCACCAGCGGACUUCUUAAAGGAGUUCGCUUUUGUUUUUAAUUUAUCUUUACUUUUUUUACCUGUAAGUUUUUUUUUUUUCUCCUCCCAUGAAUCUAGUGUUCAUUUCAGAACGUUGAAAUGCUUAAACUUCACAUUUUGUUAACCUUUCUCUGAAAUGUACAAUGUGUAGUGUAAGUUGUGUAUUAGUGUUGUAACCUUUUCAAAAAGUAAAGUUUCAGUGAAACGCCA